AGAACAUUAGACACUGCACAUUGACAAUUACAAACACAGCAUUCUGAUAUUGGUUGCUAUGAGAUAAUAUUACUUACAUUGUUAAUUCUAUUGAGUGUUCGUAAAAGCAUCAAACUUGACAAUAAUACAAUGGUUAACUAUCGAAAAGCAGAAACCACCCUGAUGGGCACAGAUGUGCCGUGGCCAUCCCUCGGUAAACAUCACUGCAGCAUCCUCUCGGAGAUGGACCACGGAAUGCAUCAGCAGAGCCCCAGCGCACCGCUCUACCAACGCCUGGCCCGUGUCAUCCGUAAACUCACUCUGCCUACUUACGCUCAUCGCCAAUGUCGGCACUAUUAUCCUUCGCGGACAUCCAUGGUCGCCGCCUGGAUGCGCACCUCGGCGACAAAAUGCCCCACCAUCAUUCACCCGUUUAGUGUACUCGCGCUCGCUUGGCAAAUGAUUAUGCUACUUGUAUGGGUAUACCUCAGCAUUUCGCGGCCAUUAUUUAUGGCGUAUACAAAAUUCGAAUUUGAAUACUAUCUAGCAAUUCAUUUAAGUCUUACCUGCUCGGCUGUCCUAUUGCUGAACAUUUUGGUCAACUUUCUAACUGGAUAUCAGGAACAUCAAGGAAAAUGUUACAUCGUGCUAGAUUCAUAUGCAAUUUGCACGAAUUAUCUUUGUCAUUACUUCAUAUUUGAUGUAAUUAACGCUUUUCCCACCGCCACGUUACUAUAUACCGUUAGUAACAUCCACCGAGGAUGGAUGCUCGUUCAUUUAGUGCAGUUUGUACGAGCGCGUACCCUAAUCACUUAUGCUUUAAACAUCGGACAUCUGCUACACCUACAAACAAUUUACAUACACAUUACUUGUUUAGUAUACUUUGGGGUGAUAACCGUACACUGGUGCACGUGCGUCUUGAUCAUGACCGUGCGCUCUACGAGCGCAGAAAAUACCUUGGACGAUUACAUGGUAGCGAUGAACAAAGUAUUAAGUCACUUUUUUCUCGGCUCAACGAACACAGGAACAAACGACUUAAUCCCGCACAUAGUGACGCUAAUCCUCGGAUUUAUUUAUCGUACAAUUGCCAUCGGCAUGUUAUUGAUGUAUUUGGUGAAAUACGAUCGAACAUCAAUGCAAUUCAAUUCUUUCCUGCGGGAAAGCGAGCAAUAUAUGCGCACUAAUCAAGUGCCAUUGAACCUCCAACUACGCAUUGAGCAGUACAUCAGGCAUAAAUAUCAAGGACGCAAAUAUCGGAGUUAUAUAACCAGCAUCAUGAGCGAACACCUUCGUCAUGAAAUUUAUUUGAAUUACUGCUCGCAUUUAAUAUGCACGAUGCAGUUGUGCAAGCAUCUUAAACGUGCGACCAUCGGUGAGAUGCUGAUGACUCUGGAGCCUGUCUUCUAUCACCCGGGCGAUAUUGUCUUUUCUGUUAACGACAUUGGCCAAAACCUCUAUAUUAUCUCGCAUGGCAAGAUUGCAGCCUAUACGGCGCUUGGCAUGGAAGUGGCACAUUUAGCUGAUGGAGAAAUCUUUGGGUUGAUUGGUUUUUACCAACACCAGCACGUUUGUACAAUGGUGGCAAUUGAACCCACCGAAGCCUUCAUCUGGCGGCGAUCUAAAGUCGAUCAACUCUGCGCCCGCCACGAAGACUUGGAUAAACAAUUGCGUACAAAGUUCGAACAGAGCAAUGAACAAUAUAUGAACCUCAACCGCCAUCGGCGGUUUACAAAAUUCACCGGACCAGCCCGAAUUUAUAUGCAGCUCGGAGAUAAGAGAAUCGUUGAGGAGCGUCAACUGCGUUUUGGCACAGAAGAACCGCAACCACCUGCAUUGCACAUUUCAACAGCUGAACCCACCAAUAAUGCCGCCGCCUUCUACAAUCUCAUGAGACUCACCGCGACGGAGAAGGAAAUAAGCACACGCGAGUCGACCGAAUCCGUACCUCCAAAUUCAGCUAAAACUUAGCACAUAUUAAAUAUCUUUUUAUUACAUAUACAUAUACAUUAACAUCAAUAGAAAUAGCUUCUUUGUCCAUUUUGGGAUGUCCUGGUACGGACAUGUAA